UUUAACGACAGCACGUCGCUGGUUCCCGUAGCACCGCCGCUGCAGCUGCAACCAUGCCUCUUGUGCACACUUGGACCGGGAAAUUUCAUCCACCGAUUUGAGACUACUUUCUGUCUGUUUCUCCACCUUCUUGCCAUCGCCUUUUGACACUUUUCGAUUUAGUGCGUGCGCUUGUUUUUCAGCAAGAUGUCCGAUCUGUUGGUGUUGGUCGAGGGGCUCUGUGACCUGCACGGAUUUCCAUAGCGGGGGCCAAUUAUUAAGAUUUUUUUUUUUGACACCGAGAAGCCUGCUUGAAGACGUCGUAUGCGUAGAUGUAGGCUAGUUUAUUCGACAUUCUAUUCCCAUUGCCCGUUUUUAGUUUGUGCAUUUGCCGGAGGGACCACGGGACUGGUUGGAUUAUAGAGACUAGAAAUAAGGAUUUGUGGAGAUGUUGGGUGGUCAAGAAGAUAAAUUAUGUGGAAUUUUCUCUGCUCUGGCGGCUUUGUCCUUCGCAUGCUUUAUUCAAAGCUCCACUGGAAGCACCGGAAUGUCUGUGGCCAAGACUACCGUGGACAAGUUGCUGAAGGGAUACGACAUCCGUUUAAGGCCUGAUUUUGGAGGUGCUCCAGUCAUAGUCGGGAUGAGCAUCAACAUAGCAAGCAUCGAUUCCAUCUCAGAAGUAAACAUGGACUAUACCAUCACAAUGUAUUUCCAGCAAAGUUGGCGAGAUAAACGUUUGGCCUAUGGUGAAUUGAACCUCAACUUGACUUUGGAUAACCGUGUGGCAGAUCAGCUUUGGCUCCCAGACACUUACUUCCUGAACGACAAGAAGUCCUUUCUUCACGGAGUGACGGUUAAAAACCGUAUGAUCCGACUUCACCCUGACGGGACCGUCUUGUACGGGCUGAGAAUAACCACCACUGCUGCUUGCAUGAUGGACUUGAGGAGAUACCCUCUUGAUGAACAGAACUGCACCUUGGAAAUUGAAAGCUACGGAUACACCACGGAUGAUAUUGUGUUCUUCUGGCAAGGAGGGGACAGCGCCGUGACGGGUGUGGACAAGUUAGAGUUACCUCAGUUCUCCAUUGUGGACAUUCGAUUGGUUUCCAAGGAAGUAAGGUUUACCACAGGUUCUUAUCCGAGGCUUUCGCUGAGUUUCAGGAUUAAGAGGAACAUUGGAUAUUUCAUCUUGCAGACGUACAUGCCUUCCAUUUUGAUCACCAUUCUGUCCUGGGUGUCUUUCUGGAUCAAUUACGAUGCCUCUGCAGCUCGGGUGGCCCUGGGUGUGACAACGGUGCUCACCAUGACAACAAUUAACACCCACCUUAGGGAGACUCUCCCAAAGAUCCCCUACGUGAAAGCCAUCGACGUCUACCUCAUGGGCUGUUUUGUGUUUGUGUUCCUGGCCCUGCUGGAAUAUGCCUUUGUAAAUUAUGUGUUCUUUGGCCGGGGCCCGGCGCAACAGAAGAAAAUCAAUGAGAGGCUGAAUAAAGUCAACAAUGAGCGCACACGAUACGAAGAGAAGCGCCUAAGGGAACAGGACUCCAUUUCCGUGCCGUUUCAAAGCAACACCUUCAGGUCAUUUACACAGCGAAGAAAUCUGUAUCUCGAGGAACAAAGAAAAGUUGGGGUGGAUGCGUACGGCAACAUUCUCCUCACCACUCUGGAAAUGAACAACGAGGUGAUGCCUUCUGACGUGGGGAGCAGCGUUAGUGACUCUCGGAAUUCAGUCAUGUCCUUUGACAGCUCCGGGGUCCAAUUCAGGAAGCCCAUGGCGCCCCGAGAUGGCUUCAGCCACCACUCGCUGGAUCGGAGCGCUAUGCGGAGCCGGGCCAACUGCCGACUACGGCGGCGCUCGUCCAAGCUCAAGUUGAAAAUCCCAAACCUGUCAGAUGUAAGCACCAUUGACAAGUGGUCCCGGGUCAUAUUCCCUAUCACUUUUGGAUUUUUCAACCUAAUCUAUUGGUUGUACUAUGUGAAUUGAUGUGCAUCCCACUAGGAAUCAUGGGCCAUAUUUUGAGAGCACAUUAAAUUGGCUUUGAUACAGAUCCAAAAUAUGUAUACACAUACAGUUUGAACAUAUGUAUAUGCAUAUUUCUAUACAGUAUAUUAUAUUUAUAUAUACACACACACACCUGAAACCUGAAGGACUUUUCUGCUGUACAAAGUAUGAAUAGGAUGACUUGAAUGUUUCCAAAAAAAAAAAAAGAAAAAAAUGUGAGAAGAAUUUCAAGGCUUUCAGUUCCUUUUUCCUCCUGAAACAAACAAACAAAUAUGAGAUCCCCGUGGGGAUUUUUGGAACUACAGACUGCAUGAUAUUUUUGCUACUAAAAAUGGGAAAAAUAAGACGAAAAAAAAAAAGAGAAGCGAAAGCUCUUGAAGGAGUGAAGAUGCCCCCAUUGACUUUUUAUUGAUUCUUGUUGUAAUCAGAAAUCCUCUACUGCAGCUCAUGAAAUCAGUGGUGGCUUGUCUGGUCAGGCAUCAGCUGAGCAAGGUCCUUGAACACCUCCCGCCCCCCCAUGUAGCCCAUGAAUACAAAGUGCACGAAAAUCUCCGGUUCCACCAUGUACAGCAACCUUGUUUGGAAUGUGUUAUUCUUUCAUUUAUUUUUUUAUAUCUAUAAUUCAUUUGAAAUGGUAGUGUUCUCUUAAUCAGACAUCAGUCACGUGAUGUUUGACCACCGCGUUUGUGCACCAGAGUCAACGUAAAGUUCAAAAUCUAUUUUCAGGUGAUGGGAGGGAGGGCGGCGGGGGUCUACUUUUCUUUCUGGUUUGAAACAAGUGCUGAUUAUUGUAGAUAUAAUUUUGUCUUGAAAAAUACUGUGAUUUCAAAGUGUUGGAAAAUGUUCUGAAGCUAGGGCAUUACGAGAUAACGUUUCGCAUUACUCAUUUGGAUUGUUUAGGGGGUAAAAAAACAAAACAUUAAGUACUCCCAUGAAAGUAUAUUUGUACUGUUUCUUUCCUCUUGUUGACUGAUUCACAUGCUCUUUAGAUGCAGCGUUCAUGGGCGUCAUUCCUGCUGUGUGAAAAAGGAAAUUGGGAGGAGUGAUGUGUCGCUUUUUUGUGAUUUGUUGGAACCAAUCCACGGUAAAAAAAAAAAAAAAAAAAAAGUGUAUUCAACAGAGUCAACAUAUCACGUCACAAUUUUGUUCUGUAGUUUUUAUGGUUUCUUUGUAUAUUGAGCUUCUCUUCAGUAUUGGACUAAGGAAACACAGAUGGGAUGGAUUCAACAUUUCAAGGAAAUUGAAAUCUUUAUUGUUUUGUUCUACUCUGUCAUGCAAAAUGUAGCCUCUGAGUUGGAUUCAGACUGGAAAAUUCAUUCUUGUCUAGUUUGUUCUGUCCCACCCGUAAGAAGGACACUUGAUUUAAAGGGUGAAACAUCAAGAAGGCUGUGUAGCAGACAUUUUUCUCAUCUUGACGGAAGAUAAUCAUAUUCAAUUGCGUUUGUAGGAGCAUCAUAUGCAGUAGAACUAUGUUUAAUUGUCUAUCCCCAUCCCAAAAAAUAUACUUGGACCUCUCAGGUGCCAGGCCAGAUAAUUGCCUUUUGGGUACGUAACAAUUUUUCCAGGGUUCUUCCCCCCCCCCCCCCCACACACACACACACAUUUCCCUCUGUCCUUCGUAGGGUACAUGACAAAUGUUUAUCAGCAUUUUGUAAAGAUUUUUUUAGAUUUGUUAAAAAAUAUAUAUAUAUUAUGCAGACCCCCUGAGAUAUUCUUGGCCACCCCUGGGACCCCCCUCAGCAAAAAAAAUCUAGCUCCGCCCAUGUCACAUCCCCUUUCUUCUGUUCAAGAACCAAAAUGAUCACCGCAAAUAUAAAUGGAGAUGAUUUCAAAUGCAACUGGAUGGUCUAACACUCCUAUUUAACUACAGAAUUGUAUGCAUACCUUACAUAACUUUUAGUUGGAGAUUAAAUCUCCCACAAAAUAACUCCCACUCUGACAUGAGUCAAUCCUGCAUAUUUUUAAUUUUUUACAUAUUUCAGAUGUAAGUUAGUGAUUACAGAUGUACAAAUGUUGCAGAUAUGCAUAAUCACUCUUAUUAUGUUUAUCAUUUCCACUGUCUGUCUUUGAUCAGUAUUGAAUUCGAUUUUGAAGGUACAUAUCUUACCAUUUUUUUUCUUCCAUUUCUCUGAAAAGACAAUGUGAUGGAUGUUUGCUGAAAAAAAAAAAAAAGUGUUUCUCCUUUACAUUACCAAAAGCAGCCCUUGCAUGCAUCACAUUAUAUUUACCUGACGCGGCUUUCUGGGUAUGGAAUUCGCACAUUCAUCCCAACAGCUGUGAGGAGCUUAUAUUUUAAGAUUUACUCUUCGUAGCCUACAAAUGUUUCUACAAGAUGGCGCUUAUGUUCAUUUAACACAUGUUCAAGAUGUGGAAGGGGAGGGAAAGUGUUGAUCUGAGUUCAAUGUGAAUUUUUAUUGCCUCUAGUGUAUAUGUGUAAUUACAUGUGAAUUGUACUGUAAAUAUGAUAUCUUUCACUUAAUACUUCUUAAUGCAUGAACAAAAACACGGCAGUUCGUAAAUACCAACUGGCCUCACUGCUAAUGGCAUGGGCAGCUUCUCUGGCAUUGGCAUACUUCGGCGAACAAAAUCAAGAAAAGAAAAAAGAAAAAAAAAAAAAGACUCGUGUUGACAAAAUAAUGGAGUAUUCAACAAGUCCUCUCACAGUGAUGAGUUUGUGGAGACUGUUCACAAAACCCAGCCCCGAGUGCAAAGCUAAAGUCGGCCUAUAGCUUUUGCUCUUUGUCAGCAAAUAGGAUGGCGUCGACUUGAACGACAUUUUUUUUCCUUGCCCAAGUCAACGCAUCCGAACCUACUUGCAGUGUUUACCUCAACCAUCGAAAACAAUCACUGAUUCAUCUCUCCUUCUUUAAACACAUAUAUGGGGAAAAGGGCAUUAUGGCCAAUCUGGCUCAUAAAGGCUUUGAGGAGCAGGAUAUGCCUUAAGAAGGCGAGUUGGAUGUUUUUUCCUGUUCCUCGAGAAAAGAAAAAAAAAAAAGCUUCAUAUGUGCCCUUAAGCAAGGUACGUAGCCAAGUCGUCGUGCAGCUGCUCCCUUGCCAACAAUAGAUCUUCACAUGUGCAGAAGUAAAUAUGCUCAGCUACACUAUGUCCAGGCUAGUAAGGGGUAUUUCAUUCCUGUAAAUGUGGAUUGACGGACAAAGUAUAUAAAGUCACAGUAUCAAAUUCUGAUGAUUUCAAGUUAUAUCAUCCUGCACAGGAACUGCACUUGUUAAAAACACGCAGCAACAAAAUAGACAGUGUUGUUCUUUCUCAGGAACAUGCAGUUGAUAUUAAUCAUGAGAUUCCACUCAAAUGAAUGCAAAUGCGGACGUGGUAAUAUUCCAACCUUAUUCUCGUCAAUGUAUGACUUGUAAUAUUUCUUGAGACUGUUUAUUCGCCUCACAUUAGGGACUUUAUUUGGGCUGAACAAAUUUCAAUUCCAAAAGUAAAUAAAGCCUUUUAGAGUGACUUGAAUCUUUUGAACACAUUACCAAAAAAUGUCCUCAAGACAUCUACGGAUCAUAAGAAGUAACUAUUAGUGGAGCGCACCCUUUAAAACGAGCAUCACCCAAGCCCAGACCAAGGCUGACAUGCAGACUUCUCACUGUUGGAAGAACUUUGGUUGGUGCAUUCAUUAUUUUGUGUACACCACAAUUUUCUUUUUUGCAUGACCUCUGGAAGGUUUAUUUUCUUGACCUAUUUUUACUCUGCGUCAUACGAUUCAUCGCCACAGCCAGGAUGAGAAAGUGUUUACAUGCUCAAAUUGCACUUAUUUUACAGCCGGCUGGAUUUCAAUCUUCAACAAACCUUUCUUAUUCGGAAAAAAAAAAAGAUAAUAUGGGAUUCGUAUGAAUCGCAAAAGAAAUGUCCUCCCUGCUUGUUGUCAACCACGCAAUUUGGUUGGAUCCGGUUCAGCAUGCUCAUCAACUUCAGUCACCAUUCAGCUACAAAGGAUGUAAAGGAUGCUCCACCUGUAGCGUCCGACAUAAGCCAUGUGAUGACACCCUGAGUGGGUGUUUCCCAUAUUUGUCCAGUGAGGAGCUGCCUUUUGGUUAUUAUGGUCUGUUGCUGAUUGCUGUACGGCCAUACUUGCCAGAAUCUUCACAAAUCUCUGUGACCAGCUCACCAGAUGAUUAUUAUUAUAUAUAUUUUUUUUUUGCUGGAAAUUGACAAAAUACAUUUGUAUAUGCACACAACAAUCAACAAAUCGGCCCCUUUUUUUUUUUUUUUUCAGACUAUACAUUAGAAAAUAAUUUGCUUCAUUCCUCUGUUUGUUUAUUAUUUGUUGUAUUUGUUAUCAUGGGUUGUUGUUUAAUCAUGAGAAGGAAAAUGUAAUUCAUCGGCUAUAAACGGCACUGGAAGAUAAACUGCAUUUUUUUUUGUUUAUGUUUACAUUGGAGCGCUUAUUUCUGUUGUUUAAUGAAGUGUUUGGAUUUCAUUUGGAGUAUCGGUACCCAUGGAAAUCGACAUUUGUGUGGUAUGAUAUUGUAUUAUUUUGUCAGUGCAAAUUUAAUGUUAUGGUGUCGAUCCGCUUUUUGAGGUGUUUAAACAAAAUGUGUUUUUCUUUUGUUCGUUUUUUUUUUACAAAUACAAGGUGUUCAAGUAUGUGGUUUAAAAAAGGGUUCUCAUUCAAACAACAGACUUUUUACAA